AUGGCGGGCAGCAAGGGCCACACCAAAAAAGGCCGGGGCCUCGCAGUGGGUCCCCGAAAAUGUGCCUCGGGCUGGGCAGGCAUUCCCAGCCCAGGGCCACCGAGUAGGGCUGCCUUCGAAGUGGGUUACCAAGGCCCUGGAGAUGGCAGGGUGGGGGCAGCAGGGGAGUGGGCAACGUCGGAGGAGGUAAUGGCGGAAGGCGGCGCGCAGGGUGGAGACUCUGACAGCGCGGCCGGUGACUCUGACAGCGCGGCCACCCAGAUGGCCGAGGAGCCCCAGACCCCUGCAGAAAACGCACCCAAGCCCAAAAACGACUUUAUCGAGAGCCUGCCGAAUUCGGUGAAAUGCCGAGUCCUGGCCCUCAAAAAGCUGCAGAAACGAUGCGAUAAGAUAGAAGCCAAAUUUGAUAAGGAAUUCCAAGCUCUGGAGAAAAAGUAUAAUGACAUCUAUAAGCCCCUACUCGCCAAGAUCCAGGAGCUCACCGGCGAAAUGGAGGGCUGUGCGUGGACCUUGGAGGGGGAGGAGGAGGAAGAGUACGAGGAGGAGGAGGGCGAGGAAGAAGAGGAGGAGGAGGAGGCUGCCGUGGGGGCGGCCGCGGGGGCGAAGGAUGAUGAUCCCCACGCUGAGGUGCCUGAUGAUGCCAAAAAGUAGGGACAGAGACCGAUGAGGGGAAAGCUAACGACGAAAACCACCUGCUUUUUUUUUUUUUUCUUAAAUAUUGAUGGACUUCAAAAGGCUCAGGUUUUUGACCAAAAUAUAAUGUGAAACCUAUUCUGACAUUCCUAAGGUAGAUUAAAAUCGAAGCAAUUAGAUCUUGGCCAGCCCGUUUCAAAUUGACUUUCAUUUUUGAAUACAUUAAAUAGAUGAAAAGGUGUUGAAAAAGACCAAAUUAAAACAAUCUUUUCAUGGAUUCUUCUGUGAGGAGCGAAACUGAGGCUUAUCAAGGGUAGCAACAGAUGUGAAGUAAAGAACGUCACUUUGAAACCCAUUCAUCACUCAGCCCUUACACUACACAGGGACACCCAAGCCAAGACGGAACGCGCUCUCAAGGUUUAAUUCUUCAGUUUCUCUAGUCCUGACAUUUCCCAGUGCAGAGAAAGCAGAACCCAAGAAGAACGUCAUCGUUCAGAUUUUUGCCUUUGUAACCAGACAUCAGCUUUACACUUGAGAGGAGAGUGACGGAGUGGAGGAAGCCUGCUUUGGAGAGCACCACACUACUGCUAGUGACGCCAGGACAACUGCCAUUUCAAGUUCUGAAAAAAUGCUCUCAACACUGAAUUUAGAGAAACCACCUGGUUCCAAGGAGGAGGGUGUAUAAUAUUGUCAACACAAGUAUUCAUUAGUUCCAACCUCAUGUUGUGUUUUCUUGGUAGUGUCUAUUUACAAAGGUGUAAAAAGCACUCCAACGUUUAAGUAUUGAGUCACUUUACCUAGCAUUUUAGAACUAUUAUUUUACUUGAAGAGAUGUAGAAUGUAGCAAAUUCUGUAAAGCAUGUGUACCCAGUUUUAUGUAGUUUGAUCCCUGUGAAGUCUUUUUGUCAUGUAGCUUUUAAGGUGUAGAGCUGUGAAAAUCAUCAGAACUCUUCACUGAAGCUAAUGUUUGGAAAAAAAUAUAUACUUGAAGAACCAAAUCCAAGUGUGUGCCCCCGCCCCAGCUCAGACGUAGAAAGGGUUACGUUUGCUUGUAUUAGCUGUGCCUUCAUUAUUUUGCUAUGUAAAUGUGACAUAUUAAAUAUGAAAUGGUGCAUUAUCAAAUUUUACUGCUUGAGGAUAGACUGGCCAACAGUAAGGAUUUUUAGGAAGAACACGUUUAAUGUAAAGACUCUUUGCUUCUUUGUGGGUUUUGAAUUAUGUGUGAGCCAGUGAUCUAUAAAGAAACAUAAGCAUAAAGUUGUUUACCACUGUGGUGUUAAUA